AUGACGCUUCGCCAGCCGUAUGGAGUCGUCGCGGCAAUUAUCCCGUGGAAUCCGCCGGUGUAUUUCUUUAUUCUCAAGGUCGCGCCGGCGAUUGCCGCGGGGAAUACGGUUGUCAUUAAGAGUAGUGAGAAGGCGCCGCUGACGUCGGCCAAACUCGCGCACUUGAUCCAGCAAGCUGGAUUCCCCGCAGGCGUGAUAAACAUCCUUUCUAGCCACGGUCACAUAUCCGGUUCAACCCUCGCGCACCACAUGGACAUCCAACUCCUCAGUUUCACGGGUCAGGUCGAACAGGUUGACUAA